CCCGACUUCCAAAUCGACUGUGGCAAUGUCUUAUGUCAGCGAUUAUAUCAGCAUAGCAUUUAUUACUGUGUCCUUCAUUAUUACCUCGGUGCGUCUAUUUAUCGCUUAAGAUUCCGACCUCACUUUUGUACACCAGAAUGUUUUCGGUUAAGGCGCCUUUGCGCGUUCCUUGCAUGUUGGAUGAGGCUGUAUGUCCGCCAUCCACCACUCACAAUAUAUGCGAUUAUCCUGAUUAUUAUGACGCGCUCUAUUAUCCUCACUAUCACACUGCGAUCUUUGCCACUGCUGAGAUGUUUUGUGCUUGGCUGUUGAAAUGUCGCGUUUCUUUUGAUGGCGUUGCUGUCGUGAUCACGUCAUGUAACGUAUUGGUCUCACUCUCGAUGAAUUUCAAGGCGUGUAGAGAGGGCGGUCCCAUGCACCAAAGU